AUGCUGCCCGUGUGGUUCACCGACAACCUGGAGGCGGCCGCCACCUACGUGCAGAACCAGAGCGAGGACUGCCUGUACCUCAACCUCUACGUGCCCACCGAGGACGGUCCGCUCACAAAAAAACGUGACGAGGCGACGCUCAAUCCGCCAGACACAGAUAUCCGGGACUCCGGGAAGAAGCCAGUGAUGCUGUUUCUGCAUGGCGGCUCCUACAUGGAAGGCACUGGGAACAUGUUCGAUGGCUCGGUCCUGGCCGCCUACGGCAAUGUCAUUGUAGCCACGCUCAACUACCGGCUUGGGGUGCUCGGUUUUCUCAGUACCGGGGACCAGGCUGCAAAAGGCAACUAUGGGCUCCUGGACCAGAUCCAGGCCCUGCGCUGGCUCAGUGAGAACAUCGUCCACUUUGGGGGUGACCCCGAGCGCAUCACCAUCUUUGGAUCCGGGGCAGGGGCCUCCUGUGUCAACCUUCUGAUCCUCUCCCACCAUUCGGAAGGGCUGUUCCAGAAGGCCAUUGCUCAGAGUGGCACUGCCAUUUCUAGCUGGUCCGUCAACUACCAGCCGCUCAAGUACACGCGGCUGCUGGCGGCCAAGGUGGGCUGUGACCGGGAGGACAGCGCCGAGGCUGUGGAGUGUCUGCGCCGGAAGCCUUCUCGGGAGCUGGUGGACCAGGAUGUGCAACCCGCCCGCUACCACAUCGCCUUUGGGCCCGUGGUGGACGGUGAUGUCGUCCCCGAUGACCCUGAGAUCCUCAUGCAGCAGGGAGAAUUCCUCAACUAUGACAUGCUCAUCGGUGUCAACCAAGGAGAGGGCCUCAAGUUUGUGGAGGACUCGGCAGAGAGCGAGGACGGCGUGUCCGCCAGCGCCUUUGACUUCACAGUCUCCAACUUUGUGGACAACUUGUACGGCUACCCGGAGGGCAAGGAUGUGCUUCGGGAAACCAUCAAGUUUAUGUACACGGACUGGGCCGACCGGGACAAUGGCGAGAUGCGGCGUAAGACCCUGCUGGCGCUCUUUACCGACCACCAGUGGGUGGCACCAGCUGUGGCCACCGCCAAGCUGCACGCCGACUACCAGUCCCCUGUCUACUUUUACACCUUCUACCACCACUGCCAGGCUGAGGGCCGGCCUGAGUGGGCAGACGCAGCGCAUGGGGACGAGCUACCCUACGUCUUUGGUGUGCCUAUGGUGGGUGCCACCGACCUUUUCCCCUGCAACUUCUCCAAGAAUGACGUCAUGCUCAGCGCCGUGGUCAUGACCUACUGGACCAACUUUGCCAAGACUGGCGACCCCAACCAGCCGGUGCCGCAAGACACCAAGUUCAUCCACACCAAGCCCAACCGCUUUGAGGAGGUGGUGUGGAGCAAGUUCAACAGCAAGGAGAAGCAGUACCUGCACAUUGGCUUGAAGCCGCGCGUGCGCGACAACUACCGCGCCAACAAGGUGGCCUUCUGGCUGGAGCUCGUGCCCCACCUGCACAACCUGCACACGGAGCUUUUCACCACCACCACGGACGUGCCUCUCUUGGCCCCCGGGGCCCUGACCCUGCUGCCCAGCGGCCUGGGGCCACCACCUCCCCCACCGCCCCCCUCCCUCCAUCCCUUUGGGCCCUUCCCCCCGCCUCCCCCCACCGCAACCAGCCACAACAACACUCCCCACCCCCACUCCACCACUCGGGUAUAGGGGGUGGCUCAGGGAGGCCUCCCUUUCCAAACCUCCCGGCCCACUCAGAAGGCGGGGAGGGGGACUUGGCCACAGGCUCUUCUCGCGUGGAGUCGUCACACGUCGAGGAGCGUUGGGUGGACAUGGAUUUCCUCACCGGGACUCGUGUUUCUCCCAGACAGAGAGGCCCAUUCCCUUCUCCGGACCUGGGCCUUCGAACAACUGGGGUGGUGUGGAGGGGGUUUCCCCUCCCUUGGGACACAGGUCCUCGGUGUGUGGAGACGCGGAAGUGCUUUCCCACGUGGAGGUGUGCUUUCUCACGAGGGGGUGUGUUUUCCCAUGUGCAGGGUGAGGUUUUUUUUUUGCCGCCCUGGACACAUGUUGGCUCCCUCAAAGAAUUUCUGCGGGGAUUUGUUCCCCAGAAUCCUGUUCCCUCAUGCCUUCUCCCACCUCCUCCCUCCUCCCACCCCCUGGAGACCUUGGAAGUGUUGUGUUCUCAGUGACCCUUGGCCACCAGAUGACACAGGGUGGUGCCUGGGAAGUAGCGAGUAAAUCACAGCCCCCCUCCCUGCCCCCACCCCAGCGAAGCAUGUUUAUCCCCCGUGGCACAAUUCAGGUGAAGCCUGGUUUCCACAGAUGACAGACGCAGAUUCCCUGCCGGGGGUGGGGGGCGGGGAGGAGGAGAGCCUGCAUCCCUGUGCUGCCUGGGAACUUGUCUUCCCACGGGUCCAGGACGCACUUCUCUGAGUGGAAACAUGUUCUUGCAUGUGGAUGUAUGUUUUCCCAUGCAGACGGCCCCUUUCUCUCCAGCACUUCCCUGCAUCCCCCAGGCCUCGGGCCCAGCACUUCAUUUCUCCUCACACAGCAGGUGGGAACAGAUGUCAGAAUGACAGAAGCUGAGGGGGAUGUACAAACCCUGAGUGGGUGCUCUGCCUCUCCCUCCCCCAGAGAUGCCCAGCUUGGGGGAGGGGGACAUGGCACCUGCCACCCACAGAGGCCAUGCAUGUUUGACCAAAGCCCUCACUGGGGCCUGAGGACAGCCCUUUCCUCAGUCCUCCGACCACUGCUCACCUGUGCCAAACUGGGGAGGUGGGUUUGAGGGGAGAAGACCCCCAAAAUAUGCCAAGGAUGCCCCAGUCCUGGGCCAGGGUAGGUAAAUGUGGGGGCAGGUGGAAUAUAGGAGAGGAAGAGGUGGCUGUUAAAGUGGUUCCACCUGUGUCCCUCUUCUCCCCACACCAUGUCUCAGCCCUUCCUCUCUGCCUCUGUUCUUCCUCCCCCUGGUGUCAAACCAGCUUCUCCCCUCAGCUACCCUCCCCCUCCUUUGACCUUCCCCCUCUCCCCCUGGGCCACCAGGGAUGAAGGAAAGGAGCAGUGGAGGAGGGAGGGGAGAGCAGGGGACAAGGGCUUCCCGGGACAGCCUGGGGAGAAAAUGGGGUCAGCUGUGCUGAGGAACAGAUGGAGGGGGCAGUGGGGGACGGGGCUUGGGUAGAUACAGGCAGGAAGAAUUUGAUUUGAAAGGACGUGUGUAAGGUGACUGCCCAAAGAGAAAGGGUUUGGGCCUCUGGAGAAAAGAACGAUGUCAAGGAGGGUUUUAAGGGACACCAGCAGAGAAGGAGUGCAUCCUCGUCUGCCGGCGUCUCGUGGGUUUGUUAGUCCAAACCUGAGUAGGGAGUGGAGUGCUGUCUUCCACUGACACCCAAAUCCAGAAUCCCUGGUCUUGGCUCCCCAGAACUUUGCCUCCUGACUGUCCCUUCUGUCCCACCUCCACCCGUGGAAACUUAGUUCUUUUCCCACCCUUUCCCCUGCCUGGUCUAGCUCCUUCCCAAACAGCCAUGCUCUCUAAAUGCUAGGGACCUGGGCCCUGAACCCUGUAGACAGAUGCCCCCCAAAUUGGGGCAUGGGAGGGGGGCUGGGGGACCCCAUGAUUCAGCCACGGACUCCAAUGCCUAGCCCCUCUCCCCAGAACAAUUUCCUUACAAUCCCAUGUCCCCAUCCCAACCCUUCGCGGCUCUGUACACAUUUUUAAACCUGGCAAAAGAUGAAGAGAAUAUUGUAAAUAUAAAAGUUUAACUGUU